CCCUUGUCUUGUCCUCUCUCUCCCACUCUGAGUCUGCCUCUAUCUCCCCCACCCAUGCCUCUCUACCGGAGACACAGAGCCCUUGCUCACACUUGAUACAGAGCUGUGAGGAACAGAAGGAGCAGGGUGACUAUAGAGGAGAGGCAGAAGCCGGGGAAAAAAAAGGAGGCACAGUUUUGGAGAGGGGAGUAGUUGUGAAAUGCCUCGAAGGGACAACUACUCCCACAAAGACCGGAAGGUGUUGAGCUUCAGUUGAGGAUGGCGGGAGAUUCCAGAAUCCUCAUGGACCACAACAUGCAGAUAGGUGUUACACCUGCACAGGUGAAGAAGCUUCCGAAACACUUACGGGAGGCACAGAUCUCAACAGAGCGAACACACCUGAUAUCUGACCCCGCCAAGAAGCCACGUCAGCGAUAUGUGCAAAAGGAUGGCAAAUGUAACGUUCAUCAUGGGAACGUGCAAGAGACCUACCGUUACCUCAGUGACUUGUUCACAACAUUAGUCGACCUUCGUUGGCGUCUCAGUCUCUUUAUUUUCACGCUAGUCUAUGUCGUCAACUGGCUCUUCUUCGGCUUUCUUUGGUGGUUGAUUGCACUCAUCCGCGGGGAUCUCCUGCAUGCCGAUGAAGAAGGAUGGACCCCCUGUGUGGAGAACCUCAACAGUUUUGUCUCUGCUUUCCUCUUCUCCAUUGAAACUGAGACCACAAUUGGGUACGGCUAUCGUGUUAUCACAGAAAAAUGCCCUGAAGGUAUCAUACUGCUUUUGGUGCAGGCCAUACUGGGUUCUAUUGUGAACGCCAUGAUGGUCGGCUGCAUGUUUGUCAAGAUCUCUCAGCCAAAGAACCGCGCCGAGACCCUCAUGUUCUCACACAAGGCCGUCAUAUCGGUGCGAGACAAUAAGAUGUGCCUGAUGUUUCGGGUAGGGGACCUGAGGAAUUCACACAUUGUGGAGGCCUCGAUCCGAGCAAAGCUUAUCCGCUCGCAGCAGACCAAGGAAGGGGAGUUCAUCCCGCUCAACCAAACUGACAUAAACAUCGGCUUUGACACGGGAGACGAUCGCCUGUUCCUGGUGUCGCCACUCAUCAUCUCCCACGAGAUUAACGAAAAGAGCCCAUUCUGGGAGAUGUCCAUGGCGCAAAUGGAGAAGGAGGAAUUCGAGAUAGUGGUCAUCCUCGAGGGCAUGGUGGAAGCCACAGGGAUGACGUGUCAAGCAAGGAGUUCCUAUCUGGACACAGAGGUGCUUUGGGGUUACCGCUUUACCCCGGUUCUCUCCUUGGAGAAAGGCUUCUAUGAGGUCGAUUACAACAACUUCCACGACGUCUAUGAGACCAACACCCCUGCGUGCAGCGCCAAGGAAAUGGCGGCAAAGCUUCGAGAUGGGCCCCUAUUGCCUCAGCUGUCACUGCUGAGCCCAGAACCAAAAAUGCACACUUUUGGCCUGUCUGACCUGGACCCACUAAGCCACGAUGAGGACAAGGAGGAGAGAGAAUCAGGAGGUGACAAAGGAGAGACAAAUGGCUCAGCGGCUGCUUUGGAGGAGACGCCCUUUGCUGAUGGACUGCCUGGCUGAUUAACCAUCAGAAAAAAAACCUCACCUGAGGGAACUGGACUGUGUUGUAUUUAAUUUAGUCAAUGGCCAUUGCAAGGCUUGGAGAAAUAAAACACUGUUCUUCAAUCACUGAACCACGCAAUACUCCUCUGCAGUACUAGAGUGUCAAUCUAUAGAAUAGAUUGCUUUUUAGACACGUACUGUAAGUACCGGCACACAUCUAUAUCUACACUUUAAAGUUGGUGGUACCCAUUGUCUUUUUAUAAUCCAAUAAUUAUACCCUAUCACCACUAUUGCAGUUUACAGCGGGCCACACAAAGUAGGCAUGACAGGACAAUAUAGCAUUGUAUUGUUUGAAUAGGGUGCCAUCUGAUAAUAACAUAGCACACCGCACCCUUAAUCUGUCCUCUGACAAUCACAAGUCUUGUCACCCAAACCAGAAGUCUCAAGCAAACAUGACUUCACGUAGAAUCCAGACUAAACUGUGAGAGGCGGAAAUCUACAGGAGGGCAUCCAGACUGCUGGAAAAUCAAAACAAGCCGCAACAGCUCGGCUACCUGUGAGAAUUUCUUGCCACGACAUCUGCAUCUUUUGUGGUAAGAUUUGGAUUACACUCAACUCAGUGAGUUGAUCCCCCACUUCUGAAGCCCUCUCACUGUGAGCUUUGCAUCUGUUGCCAUAGCAUUCGUUUAUUAUUUUACACUCACUUCAUGAUUGGCAAACAUUUUGUCAUACUUAAUAGGCCCAGAAUCAGAUAUCCUAGAUUGCAACGCCGCACGACAAUAUUCUGUCACAAAUAUUAAACAUAAUGCGAUUGGUGAUCCCAAUUGGGAAAACUAAAGUCACUCUUAACACUCCAUUAACCACAGGAUGAAUGGUCACGGUAAUCAUCAGAUGAUUUGGUCUUUGCUGGCUUUGAUCAGAAAGGUGAGAAUCAGGAUUAUCACAGAGGAUUAUCUUUUAUGUGUGCCCUACUUGAAUUGUAAAAUUGUAUGAGAAAGUUGAACUGAAACAUGGAGUCGAGACAGAGUGCACUCUGCUCUUAUAUGUACAGCUAUGCUCUAAUUUUAAAGAGUAUUGAUUCAGACACAUGCUACUUUAUGAUGAUGGAAGGAAAUACUUUCCUCCAUCUCGAUCCUUCAUUAGGAUGGUAUACAGUAUGUAAGGCUAAUAGUUUACUUGUAGGAAACUAUACAAAGCGAUCCAAAUGCAAUCUGUACUCAACCAAUAUGCAGUUAUCUUUUCUGAAAUUCGUCCUUUGUGUGUAGUUUCAUAUUCAUGUGACUAAUUCUCGCACACAGGAAGCUUUGCUCCAAAAGAAACCAGCUUUUACCUCAUUCUAUGCUCAUUUUCAGGGUAAUUAGCUGCAGCAGAGGUUGGUGAACGAAGACGCUAUUGUGUAACUGAUUGAUUGGUAGUAAGACGCGGCACUCCACCUACAAUUGUGGAGUGUCAAUUAAUUAAAAGCAGUGGUAAACAUAAAAUGCACAGCAGUUAACCUGCAUUUGGAAGACAUGGCAAUAAGCCAAGUCGAUUAGGGCACGACGAAUGUUGUGAUCAAGACCAAGACUGUCUUUAAGGACAUGAGUCUACACCAAGGCAUAGGCUGGCUAAAACCAAGAUGGCUUAUAUUUAAAUGUUUGCAGGAAAAUGGUGUUCACUCAUGGUGUAGUGGUUAACUUUCAUGGAACCAGUGUGAAAUCUAAUCGAACGUCUGUGCCUUGCUGAUGACCUCCAGGGUCAAUCUAAUACGGUCACUUUACCCAGUCACUUGCAGUUACAAUUGACCCUGAACAGGAUAACGUACAAAGCAAAUAGAUGGAUGGUAUUUUCAACAUCUGAAAAUCAGAUAAUGUAUAAUAAUCCUGGUUACAGUCAUUACUUUCAAAAACAAAUUAUACAUUGUGUAGGUGAAGCACUGCUCUUCCUGCGGUUUUGGUCUUGAGAAUAGAAAUCUAGAGCCUUAUUUUACCCAGUUUGACAGUCUAACCUGACCCAGCUAAAAUGCAAUUAAUGACUCAUAAUUGAUCUCUAAACCAGUCCUGAGACCAAGAUGGUCUCUUAGCGCUACAACACCAUUUUGAAAUAAUCAUCAUGAUAAUAAAAACUAAUACUGUAUUCCACAAUACUGCACAAAAGUCUUAGUUCACCAUUAGUUUUAUGUAUUGUUUUUUUCUAUUUGUAUCUGCAUUUAUAUUAAGAAAACUAAAACACAAAAGGAUUAAACUUUGGAGUAUUUGAUAAAACUUUGCUGAGACCAAGGAAUAAGCCAUACCAUUUUAGCAAUGAUCGAGAUCACAGUGAAGUAAUUUAUGCUAUCAGAGGAACCAUCCAUCCCUGUGAAAGCAUCACAAAUCACAUUGGCACCGCCCAUCUUUUUGCCAUCCUCAAUUAACGAUGAAGUAGCUUGUUGGUUGACAAACAGAUGGAUUCUUAACUUCACCUCUUAACUGAGUGACAUUCAAGUCACAUUUCGCCUUUAUUAAAUCUAGUGGUAGCCUUGACCUUUGUGCAGUAAUGCAGGAAAUGUUAUCCCACCUAAAAGCAAAUUGUCUAUCAAAUUAAUACAAUAAUGUCCAUUUAUGACAAACUGUUCAAUCCUUCUUCCUGCUGUUGUUAACAAAACAAAUUAGAUUUAUUUAUGUAUUUAUUUAUUUAUUUAUGUAAGUACAGUAUCACAUUAAGAGGAGAUGACGGUAGGUUUGAUCGGCGUUGAUCAAACUACUUUACAGGCUAAUCUUACUGGCUGAUGCAUGUUGGUACUUGAUCGAAAUGGCUCUUGAUUUUUAUAUGAAAUGGUUUUUUUUUUAUUAAAGGUUUAUGAAAUGUUCACUAAGUCACCUUAUGAAAAGGAAAGAUGUUUAUGAAAUUGAUUAUGCAUAAGGGAGGCACUUGCCUACAGAUGAUAAUGAGAGUAAAAGGCUUUCUGUCUAAUCUCCAUCAUCCGGGGUAUUUGCCUUCUUCAUUAUGACUCACUGGUCCCCACCUAUUACUUGAAGUGUUCUUCAACCUUCUCCGUUUUCAGCCUCCACUUGUUUCCCAAACUGCCCUUUGUCUUCUGUUUAAUGGCCCUUGCGAGCGGUUUUGGAAGCAGACAUGUGCUUCCAAGUGGGCCAUGGCGGACAGUAGUUAAUUGACUUGCAUGAGGUGACUCCUACGUUCUCUACUUCUAAAUACAUUAAAUACAGUGAUACGAAUACAGGGUAUUUUUUAGGCAUGCAAAUGAUAAAAUUUCUACAAUAUAAAGACAUUUCAAUAAAACUGUCAUUGACAAAAUUAUAAAUCCCUAAUUGUUUAAAAUGCUCAAUUGUCUUGUUUCAAAGAUGCUUUGAUAUAUUUAUUUUCACCGCAUCUAACUAUGUAUCCCAUUUGCUAAACAAUAGGUUUGUUGUUAGAGAGCCAUCAUCGUUCAUUGCAGGAAUGUCAUCUGUUUUAUGUGUUCUCUCGGGAAUAAACAUACUACAGCCAAAAGAA